AAAAUGACACUUUACUCCUUGCUGAAGUUUCGAAAUAUACAAAACUCCAUCCCCUAUCCUCUUCUUCCAUUUCCACCCAUCGUCGUUCAUCUCAACAUGGCGGUCGCACCCUACACGACCGUUUCAACACCUCGUGUUCAUUCUCCUCCUAGUGUUUUCACUAAACUCUACUCCGGAUUGAAACUCCAAUCUCAACAUCCUUUUGCAGCGUCUUCGAUUUCAUCUAACGCUCAGUUUUUCGGUAAAGUUCACAAGGCUCUCAAUUCCCGGUAUGGUAAUAAAAAAUCAGUAAGGGCACAAUUUUUCAUGAUGCCCAUGGGCACUCCUAGAGUCGCCUAUAGAACACCUGGUGAAAGAACUUAUCAAUGGGUUGAUUUAUGGAAUGCCCUUUACCGAGAACGUAUUGUCUUCAUUGGACAAAACAUAAAUGAAGAAUUUAGUAAUCAAAUAUUGGCAACUAUGCUGUAUCUCGACACUGUAGAUAACAAGGAGAAGCUCUAUUUGUUCAUUAAUGGUCUUGGCGGGGAUCUUACGCCAUGCAUGGCUCUCUAUGAUACCAUGCAGAGCUUGCAGUCUCCUAUAGCCACUCAUUGUCUUGGCCAAGCUUAUAAUCUUGCAGCAUUUCUUCUUGCAGCUGGAGAUAAGGGCUAUCGUAGUGCAAUGCCUCUUGCAAGAGUUGCUAUCCAAACUCCAGGAGGAGUUGCUCGUGGUCGGGCUGAUGACAUGCAAAAUGAAGCAAAUGAACUUCUUAGAAUCAGAGAUUACCUUUACCGUGAGUUGGCUAGCAAAACAGGCCAUCCUGUUGAGAAGAUUGUCGAAGACUUGAAAAGGGUAUUACACCUCGAUGCACAAGAGGCCCUUGACUAUGGGAUCAUUGACAAAAUUGUCAGGCCACAGCGCAUAAAAGCUGAUGCACCUCGCAAGGAAAAUGGCUAUGGCUCAGGAAUUGGUUAAGAUUAUAAUCCAUUUAUAUUACCGAAUAAUAUUUGCAGGACCAGAAUGCUUCGCGCUUUAUUCCCUUAGUUAACUUUUGGAAUAUGUAUAAUGAUUGGGUAGUUAUACCCUGUUGGUCAUAUCUUGAUGCUCGUUACUUGAAUUCGAAUUCUUACUGAAAGCAGUGACCUAAAGUAGCUGUAAAUUGUUGUGAAACUUUACUAUAUCCUCUAUUUUCUCUUGCAA